ACGGUACUCACAAACCGGGCGACUGGUUCCCACCCGGUUCUACUAAUGUAACCUACAGUGCUCAAGAUCAAGCAGGGAACCAGGCAGAAUGUUCUUUUACUGUGACAAUAAAGGAUAUUCCCGGUGCAAAUUAUAUUUCCUUUCACUUGAUACUUGACAACAUCACGUACGUCAGUGAUCUUCACAACAACAACUCAGAGGAGUUUCAGAAGUUGGCCUCCACAGUUGAGAAAGAUGUAUUAAAGGCAUUCAAUGAUGAUAUCACUGUACUGGGUGUUUUUGUUGCUCAGUUCAGGUCCGAUGGGGAUGAUGUAAUCGCAGAUGUCAAGAUAGGAUUCUCACAGCCUCUUAGCCCUCAGGAUCAGCGUGAUAAACUGAGUGCAAUGUUAGCAGCUACUGUGAACAAAAUAAUGGAAAAUGUGACGCAGGUGAAACUGGAGCAAGACAAUGGAAACUUGGCAAUUUUAGAUGCAUGCACCCUUUCACCAUGUCCAGUCACUAUGAAAUGCAGACCAACUGGUCUUCAAUGUUCUGCCACAUGUACUGAUAAUCCUGACUACUGCCUGAAUGGUGGCAAAUGUUGGACGAAUGCACAGAACCUUGUUAUGUGCGACUGCAACAACGAACACCAUGUAUAUGCCUACUCUGGAGACAGAUGUGACUUGACCAGAAUUGCCUUAACUGGUAAGCAGCUGAUUGUCAUUAGUGUUGGAGGUGUGUGGUUUGCCAUGAUGCUGGGUGUGCUGGCCAUUUGUGUAAUUGCACACAGGUGCAAGAGACAUGCAAAGAGAGAGAAAGGUGCUGAGGCCAACUAUCUUAUGCACGUACUUCAAGGCAGAUCAGCAGAAUCACCUGCAGGCAUGACAAGCGAGGAUCUAGGCUACACCUCCCAAGGAGAAGGAGAGACGAGUUUGCCUGAUAGCGAUGUGCAGGCGGGGAUCGACUCAGCAGGCAGCCAGGAGGAGCCGGCCCCCCACCUGGCAGAGGGGACGCUUGGAGUCGGGGAAGGCCCUGAUGGCUUUGCUGGCCCCUACGAGAGGAGCACCGGCCCCCGCGGGAGCUGCGCUGGCCCCCGUGACAGCAGCGUUUGCCCUCAAGACAGCUUAAUCGGUCCUCAUGACAUCAGCGCUGGCCGUCAAGAUGGCUACACGCUCAAAGAGCACUCCCACAGCGGCAGCAGAACCUCAUGUUCCUCGUGUACAUCUUGUUCCUCAUCCCCUUGCUGUGCCUCCCAGUCCCUGAAUUCCCACUCUUCUUGUUCUUGCUCUUGCGACAGCGGAACGGAAGUCGUCAAGUUCCCCGGCACAAGCAAUUCCACUAAGAUGCACAGAGAGGGGGCUUCAGCCUCUGUCGCCAGACCCCUGUUGAUUACAGUCCAAGCUGAUGUUGAAAGAAUCCCCUUUGCACCGUCUGACGUUGCCCAUUCCUACGACGGAGAGAUUCCAGACCCACUUAUUGACAGUGAGAUGCCCGAAGAUGAACAAAUUCACUUUGUCAAUUCACAUCCACAGGCCAGCCCCAAAGAUCCACAGGAAACAACCCCACUGUUGUCCCACUGCUGGGACGGAUAUACAUGUACGCCCAAUCCUGCUUUUGAAUUUGACCAAUCAUUUGACACCACUUCCAUUAUCGAAACACGGCCAGAAUUAAUCAAGUCAGCCUCCGAACGAGCCUCUUUCUCAUCUGGACGUACCCAUUCCUACGAUGGGACAAUACCAGAUCCUGUUUUAGAUUUUGAUGAGAGACAGUCCAAUGAUGAGAAACUGUCCAAUGAGACAAUGCCAACUUCUGACAAGACCCCCAUGGAAUCUGCAAUCAACAGUGAAAGAUCCACCUGCCAAGUUUUGUGUAGUCUCCCAUCUACCAAUGAAGGCACAAGUGACGUCGUGAUGACUGAGGAACACUUUGUCUGAGAUAGUCAUCAGAGCCGUGUUUCUAUGUUAAAUGUAGAAAUUUGAACUCAACUCAAACAUGGAAGAUGCAAGUACAUGCAGAGACCAACCACCACUGCUAUGGUUAAGUCACUUUCCCAAUUUACAAGUGCAAGGUAUAGACUACAUGUAGUAGAAGUCAAAGUAAUGACUAGAUACUAUGGAGUCAUGUGUGGGAAUAUGACUACUUAGAAGUUGGUGUGAAAGAAUUAUUCUAAUGUCAACUGAGAAAUUGUGUUUCCCUGUUCUUUCUGCAAAAACCCGGACGCAUUCAGCAUAUCUUUGUCAAAUCUUGUACUUCCCACCCCAAAUCAGAAGUCCCAGUACUUAGAGCAUAAUGUUCACUUAGUUUUUCAGGCCGAAUUGUCACUGCAAGUACCAUGUUGCAUUUCAGCGUACACAUAUGGCUGUACCUGUGUGGCCGGGAAAGGACGUCAACCAUAGCACUGUGAGUGACACGGGUAAGACGCCAUGGAUAUAGCAUUGUCAACGUUAAUCCUUUUCCAACAUUCCUGCAAGUAUUGCGUUUCUGUUUUUUCAACAGUCCCAGUGCUGCAUGCAGAGUUCUUUUUUGUUACGCACAUAUACCCUGCCUCUGGGUUUUACACUGACUGCCUCUGCACAAUACAUGAUACUAAAAUCUGUGCAUGUACACAUACAUUUAUAACUCCCAUGGAGUGUGUUGGGCAAGAAUGGAUGGGUAGGUCUUUCCCACAUGAAGGGGGCAAUUUGUUAGAAAGGUCGGGACCAAGUCGUGGGAACAAAUAUUUGUCCCCGUAACAAUUUUGGCCCCAAUAACAUUCGUAUUUCAACUUGAGCCUCGUCCUCAUAACCCAGUACAGUGUAAUAUGUAUGUACAAACUGGCAAAGUAUACAGAAAUGGGUUUGUAAAUGACGACAGAGUAGCUUUACACAAUAAAAUUGAAAAUUUAAUUAUUCUUCUUGGAAAUUCCAUAUGAAGUGGUUGGAAGAAGUAGUCUAUAAAAAGUUAAAUACAAAUCCAAGUAUCUACCGGUAUAUAUUAUCUCUUACUGUCUGUUACUCUUUGAGUUGCUUAAUUAUUUACAGCAUGUUAUUGUUUGUUCAUAUAAAAAAGUACAUUUAAUUUGUGUUCAGUAUUAAAGUAUGGCAAAAUUCUAAUUUUCCAAUUAGAUUCUGUUCUGAUUUAGUAAAGAAUUAUAAGUGGAAUGCACAAUCAUGAACUACAUGUAAAGAAAUGAAUGUGGUGGAAAGCUGUGUACAUGUACUUGAUGCAGAUGCACAACAGACGCUCAUAAAUACGUGUACCUAGUGCAGGUUAACCA